UACAGCAUUGCUGCACCGCUCACAGCUUUAUCCAUUACUAGUUAUUUAAACUGGACUUUUAAUAUCCUGCCAGCUGCUCUUCAGACACACAUGGUGCAUUGUUGUCAUUCUCAGAAUUGCAUCUUUGAAACCCAGGGCCUCAGUAACCUUCGUGGAACAAAGAGGCAACCUACAGGAUACAUUUAUAGUGGGAUUUCUCAGACUUACUGCCCUCUAGCUUUAUUCUCCCCAGUGCUGAAUUUCUAGCACAUCAUGGAGCCUGGUAUGGAGUAUUGCUUAGCACAGGUGCUUCAGAAAGAUGUUGGAAAGAGACUUCAGGUUGGCCAAGAAUUGAUAGAUUAUUUCUCAGAUAAACAGAAGUCUGCUGAUCUUGAACAUGAUCAGACUAUGCUGGAUAAAAUGGUUGAUGGACUUGCCACUUCUUGGGUAAAUUCCAGCAAUUACAAGGUGGUUCUGCUGGGGAUGGACAUACUGUCUGCACUAGUGUCACGGCUACAGGAUCGCUUUAAAGCUCAGAUAGGCACAGUGUUACCAAGCUUACUUGACAGGCUGGGAGAUGCUAAAGAUUCGGUGCGGGAGCAGGAUCAGGCUCUGCUUCUAAAAAUUAUGGAACAAGCUACUAAUCCUCAGUACGUGUGGGAUAGGCUGUUGGGAGGAUUCAAACACAAGAAUUUCCGGACAAGAGAAGGGAUUUGCCUCUGCCUUAUUGCAACCCUCAAUGUAUCCGGAGCUCAGAGUUUAACACUGAGUAAGAUUGUGCCACAUAUAUGUAACUUACUUGGAGAUCCAAAUAGCCAGGUUCGAGAUGCAGCAAUAAACAGCCUCGUGGAAAUUUACAGACAUGUAGGUGAACGUGUAAGGGCAGAUCUCAGUAAAAAAGGAUUACCACAGUCUCGGUUGAAUGUAAUUUUUACAAAAUUUGAUGAGGUCCAAAAAUCUGGAAACAUGAUCCAGGGAGCAGGUGAUAAAAAUUUUGAUGAUGAAGACUCCGUGGACGGGAACAGACCUUCGUCUGCCAGCUCGUCUACAUCUUCUAAGGCCCCUCCGAACUCCCGCAGAGUUGGCAUGGGGACUGCUCGCAGGCUUGGGUCUGCAGCCCUGGGCUCAAAGUCCACAGCAGCCAAAGAGGGAGCUGGUGCUGUCGAUGAGGAAGAUUUUAUUAAAGCGUUUGAGGACGUCCCAACAGUACAGAUUUAUUCCAGCCGAGACCUUGAAGAAUCCAUAAAUAAAAUUAGGGAAAUCCUAUCUGAUGAUAAGCAUGACUGGGAGCAGAGAGUAGCUGCACUGAAAAAGAUCCGAUCCUUACUAUUAGCUGGAGCUGCUGAAUAUGAUAACUUCUUCCAACACUUACGUCUGCUGGAUGGAGCAUUUAAACUGUCUGCUAAAGAUCUGCGGUCUCAGGUAGUGCGAGAGGCUUGUAUCACGUUGGGACAUUUGUCCUCCAUUCUGGGAAACAAGUUUGACCAUGGAGCAGAAGCCAUCAUGCCAACCAUCUUUAACCUGAUUCCCAACAGUGCCAAAGUAAUGUCCACUUCUGGUGUUGUAGCUGUUAGAUUAAUCAUCCGACAUACGCAUAUCCCUCGACUAAUACCCAUCAUAACCAGUAACUGUACAUCCAAGUCUGUUGCAGUUAGAAGGCGCUGCUUUGAAUUUCUAGACUUGCUGUUACAGGAGUGGCAGACACACUCCCUAGAACGACACAUCUCAGUAUUAGCGGAAACCAUAAAGAAGGGAAUCCACGAUGCGGACUCUGAAGCCAGGAUAGAGGCAAGAAAAUGUUAUUGGGGUUUCCACAAUCACUUCGGCAGAGAAGCAGAGCACUUGUAUCACACACUGGAAUCCUCCUAUCAGAAAGCCCUGCAGUCGCACUUGAAGAACUCCGAUAGCAUAGUGUCGCUGCCCCAGUCCGACCGCUCGUCCUCCAGUUCCCAGGAGAGUCUCAACCGUCCAUUGUCUGCCAAAAGAAGUCCUACUGGAAGCACUACAUCCAGAGCCUCUACAGUGAGUACAAAAUCCGUGUCAACGCCAGGAUCUCUGCAGCGGUCUCGCAGCGACAUCGACGUGAAUGCAGCAGCUAGUGCCAAGUCGAAAGUAACAUCUUCUGGAGCUUCCACACCCUUCAGUUCUGCGGCAGCCCUGCCCCCAGGCUCCUACGCAUCACUAGAUGGUACUACCACUAAACCUGAGGGUCGGAUCCGUACAAGGAGGCAAAGCUCUGGAAGUGCCACAAGUGUUAGCUCUACACCUGCCGAUACCCGAGGCCGCAGCCGUGCUAAAGUCGUUUCGCAGUCCCAGCGAUCCAGAUCAGCUAAUCCUGCUGGUGCUGGCAGCCGGUCUAGUUCCCCAGGCAAGCUGCUGGGAAGCGCGUACGGUGGACUGACCAGCGGAGCAGCCAGAGUCCCACCAGUGCCAUCAUCCUCAGAGAAACGCAGCAAGAUCCCUCGAAGCCAGGGAUGCAGCCGAGAGACAAGCCCCAGCAGAAUAGGACUAGCACGGAGCAGCCGUAUCCCCCGACCCAGCAUGAGUCAGGGGUGCAGCCGCGAUACCAGCCGUGAGAGCAGUCGAGAUACAAGCCCUGCUCGGGGCUUCCCUCCACUUGCUUCUCGACGUCAUUCCAGGUCCACUAGUGCUCUCUCCACUGCUGAUUCUGUUGGGCAGUCAGACCGGUUUGGACUUGGACAGCCAGGCAGGAUGCCUGCUUCUGUGAAUGCCAUGCGAGUCCUGAGUACAAGCACAGAUCUGGAGGCUGCUGUGGCAGAUGCACUGCUGUUAGGAGACUCCAGGAGCAAGAAAAAGCCAGUGAGAAGAAGAUAUGAGCCGUAUGGGAUGUAUUCUGAUGAUGACGCCAACAGCGACGCGUCGAGUGCUUGCUCCGAGCGCUCGUAUGGUUCUAGAAAUGGAGGCAUUCCGCACUAUCUACGACAGACUGAAGAUGUGGCUGAGGUCCUAAACCACUGUGCCAGUUCCAACUGGUCUGAGAGAAAAGAAGGGCUCAUAGGCCUUCAGAAUUUAUUGAAGAGCCAGAGGACUCUGAGCCGAGUUGAGUUAAAACGGCUGUGUGAGAUCUUUACGCGCAUGUUUGCUGACCCUCACAGCAAGAGAGUUUUCAGUAUGUUUUUGGAAACCCUGGUAGAUUUCAUCAUCAUCCAUAAGGACGACUUGCAAGAUUGGCUCUUUGUUCUUCUGACACAGUUGCUUAAGAAAAUGGGAGCAGACUUGCUAGGAUCUGUGCAGGCAAAAGUUCAGAAAGCUCUGGAUGUAACAAGGGAUUCUUUUCCAUUUGAUCAACAGUUUAACAUUUUGAUGAGAUUUAUUGUAGAUCAGACCCAAACACCAAACCUCAAGGUAAAAGUUGCAAUCCUGAAGUACAUUGAGUCCCUGGCAAGACAGAUGGACCCAACGGACUUUGUUAACUCCAGUGAGACCAGACUUGCUGUAUCUAGAAUCAUAACUUGGACAACAGAACCAAAGAGCUCAGAUGUAAGAAAGACCAUGCAUAGUUGGGUAGGUGAGGAUUUGCCAGCUAGAUCAACUACAACCUCCUCAGGGCCUGGUGAAGGAAACUUGGAAGAGAAAUGUAAACAGGCAGCACAAAUAGUCCUGAUUUCAUUGUUUGAACUGAACACUCCUGAGUUUACGAUGUUACUUGGUGCCUUGCCAAAAACAUUCCAGGACGGUGCUACCAAGCUUCUCCACAACCACCUCAAGAACUCCAGUAACACUAGCGUGGGUUCUCCUAGCAAUACUAUUGGCCGGACUCCUUCACGACACACCAGCAGCAGAACCAGCCCCCUAACUUCCCCUACCAACUGUUCCCAUGGUGGACUGUCUCCAAGUCGUUUCUGGGGUUGGAGUGCAGACGGGCUGUCGAAGCACCCCCCUCCCCUUUCUCAGCCUAACUCCAUCCCCACUGCUCCUUCCCACAAGACUUUCAGACGCUCUUACUCGCCCAGCAUGCUGGAUUAUGACACGGAGAACCUAAAUUCGGAAGAAAUCUACAGCUCUCUUCGUGGAGUCACAGAGGCAAUUGAAAAGUUUAGUUUCCGUAGUCAAGAGGAUCUGAAUGAACCAAUCAAGCGUGAUGGAAAGAAAGACUGUGAUGUGUCUCGAGAUGGUGGAAUAGCUGCACCUGCCAGCGAUGGACGUGGAAGCAGUGAUGUUGUGGAAGGAGGAAGAAUGGCUCUAGAUAACAAAACCUCUCUACUUAAUACUCAGCCUCCACGCGCCUUUUCAGGGCCCCGAGCCCGAGAGUUCAGCCCGUACCCUUAUUCGGACACAAUCAACACCUACGACAAGACUGCCUUGAAAGAGGCUGUGUUUGAUGAUGAUAUGGAUCAGCUUCGGGAUGAAGUAUCCAUCGAUCAUUCCGAUUUGGUGGCUGAUCUUCUGAAAGAACUGUCCAACCACAAUGAACGGGUGGAAGAACGGAAAGGAGCCCUGCUCGAACUAUUGAAGAUUACGCGAGAAGAUAACCUGGGAGUUUGGGAGGAGCAUUUCAAAACCAUUUUGCUCUUGCUGCUAGAGACGCUUGGAGACAAAGAUCAUUCAAUAAGAGCCCUGGCCUUAAGAGUAUUGCGGGAGAUCUUAAGAAAUCAACCAGCCAGGUUUAAAAACUACGCAGAGCUAACCAUCAUGAAAACACUGGAAGCCCAUAAGGAUUCCCACAAAGAGGUUGUCAGAGCUGCCGAGGAAGCUGCUUCCACCCUGGCCAGUUCCAUACACCCUGAACAGUGCAUCAAAGUGCUCUGCCCCAUCAUUCAAACUGCUGACUACCCGAUUAAUCUAGCUGCCAUCAAAAUGCAGACAAAAGUCAUUGAAAGGAUCUCAAAAGAAUCCUUACAUCAGCUCCUUCCUGAUAUCAUCCCUGGAUUGCUACAGGGGUAUGAUAAUACGGAGAGCAGCGUUCGGAAAGCCAGUGUGUUUUGCCUAGUGGCAAUAUAUUCAGUAAUUGGAGAAGAACUGAAACCUCACCUCGCACAGCUCACGGGAAGCAAGAUGAAGCUACUAAACUUGUACAUAAAGAGGGCCCAGACCACCAAUAGUAACAGCAGCUCAUCUUCAGAUGUUUCAACGCACAGUUAAUGGAGAUGUCUGGACAUGUGUGUAGACUUAGAAGCAAUCACGGUGCCUCUCAGAGACCUUUCUGCUGCCCUGUCUUCAUUGGCACAUCCCAUCAGCUAAAGGAGGCCAUGCAGAUAUUUAUUGCAAUCAGUAUUUUAGUCCUUUAAAGCUUUUAUGUAGACUCUUGUUGGGUACUGAAUGUAAAGGAAGCAAGGCCUGUGUUGCAGUUCUCAUCUAAGAAAAAAACAAAACAUCAGAAAGCCAUACUUAAACAUAUUGGUACAGCCGGCAGAAAUCUUUACCAUAUGUUUAGGUUGCAGUGUUUCAAAACUGAGUCCAAAUAACAUGUACAUGCUUACAAGUUAAAUGAAUUCUUUUUGGUUUUAGUUAAUUUGAUACCAAGUUUUGGUUUUUAAAGUGUUAAUUACCUGCUGUGUAAACUGUUUUCCUGCUGGGCGUAACCAUUUUGGCUGGAGCCUUCACCUCUCAAGUGCUGUGGUGUGGCUCCAUUUUAUAACUCUGAUCUGAAACUUGCCGAACCUGCAAGAUUUUGAUGAUGAAAUCUUUACAAAGAUUGCCAUGCUUCUGGCAUGUUGUGCUUUAAGAUAGGUACUUUUAAUGAGUAAUAAACGCAAUCAGAGUUUUGUAGAUAAGGGGCUAGAUUUCCAUAUAGCUAAGAAUUUCUCCACUGAUUUUCCCACCCACCAGUAUCGUCUGACACAGAGCAGUCUGGGGCUCCCAAAUGUAACUAACCGUGUUAACAUCAGUCCUGCUUCCACUUUCUUCCAUUGCUCAGAAGACCCCUGAGGGUUAAUUUUACAGGAAGGAUAAUGGGUUUGUCAUCAGGAUUGUGCAAUGAAGACUUGCUGAAUAGUCUGGGAGACUGGCUGAGGAAUCGCUGUUUUUUGUUGAACUCUCUUCUGGAAGGGAUUGAUCCACACCUCUGGGUCAGCAGCUCUUUAGCCUUAAUUUCCAUGGGCCAUUCCCCUCCACACUUCUGGGAGUCUCCUUUGGCUCAGGAAAUGUAAUGGGGAACUUUUAAACGGACAAAAUAUUGCUGGAAAGUUACACUUGCGGCUACAGGGUUUGGCCCUACUGUUUAAUAAGACAACGCCCCCCUCGAGCUUCCACACAUGACCCUGUGCCUAAAAUGCCUGCAGUGUCAUUAACUAGCCUUUUAACCUCUUCCGUGUGUACAACCCUGCAAAGGCACUCAGCGCCUCUGGAUAGGUGCUGAGUGCCCUCAAUUGCCAUUAGCUUCAGUAAAAUACACUGCAUCCACAUUCUUUGCUUGAGUCCCUGCUCUCUGCAUGUUUGCCAUGCACAGGGGGCCGUGGCUGGCUCUGCACAUCCCCUCCGGAGCUUUUGUGUGGACUCAGUACCCCUCCCCCACCUUAGUUUGAAGACAGACCUGAUCCCAAGAGGUGCUGAGUGGCUUUAAGCUCCUAUUAAAGUCAGUAGCACUUGAGGUUGCUUUGGGACCUGGCAUAAUCAGCUGUUUUUUUAGCCUCUUUCAGCCCUUGUAUGACAAAAUGGAAGAGAUGACCUGGCUCCUGGUUUUUUUUUCAGGAUGGGCUCAAUGUCUGUAGGAUGAUGCCGCUGAUCUGCUGCUCUUCCUACGUACAAUGCCAUUAAAAAAGAGAUCUUUACUAGUGUGGGGUGUGGUGUUUCCUUCAAGACUCACUGCAGACUUGAAAAUGCCUUUGUUGAAGGGAUACUGUUUAUAACAUGCCCCCGCCAUUAAAAUCAAGUCCCCCUUUGCACGGACCACUCAAUUUCACUACUUCUCAAGAUGCUUGCUAGAGGUUUUCUUCUUUUUUCUUUUUUAAAAUUCCUGUUGUGCUGAUUUGAAUUAUUUUUAAAUUCCUGUUGUGCUGAUUUGAAUUAUUAUGAAUUAAGUUUCCCUUUUGUGGAAAUACUCAAUAUGUCGGCAGUAAUCUGCUGUCCUGUUUGCAAUUUUAGGCUGUUUUUAUUUUUAGACUGCUUUCCUAACAGUCAGUAUUUUAAAUGUCUCUUUUUAUCCAUCUCCGUUCAGCAUCUUCUGGGGUCUAGACCCCGGAAAUGUAAUGCAAAGUCUGCGUUAAUUGACUGUGUUGCGUGCACAGUCUUUUCCAGCUGUCUGACAGAUCUUGUUCCAUUGCCGUUUGCUUUUUAUUUGUUUAAAUGGCACGCUGUAGCAGAUCUAUGUGAAUUGAAUUCCUUUUGUAAUGAUUUUAUAUAGUUUAUAAAAUACUGUUAGUAUGCACUGAGUGAAUGCACUGUAACGUCCAUAAACUGACCUAUCACAUAUGUUGACACUACAGUAUGAAUUAACAACUCGUCUCUAGAAAUACAUGUGAAAUAUGUUGCUGCUGCUGCUUUGAGACUUCAGUGAUGAUGAGUUUGCAUUUCCAGAUGUAAUUGGCUUAAUUGGGGCUGCAAAUCAUAGAACCAGGCCUUACUUUCUUAAUCAGAUACUAUUUUGUUCAUCACCAGAUGCUCAUCAGUGUGAUACUUAGUUUCAUUACACAAGUCAAUCAAGGACUGUUCCUUCUUUGAGUACUCUUGUUGUUUGUCACACCCUGUAUACAGUAGGAGGCAUUCUGCUUAGGUUAUUUAUAAGUUCAUUUGAAUAUAAUGUACAUAGUUAGAGGUGGGUUUAGAGUUUUGAACAUGACCUGAUUUUCCUUUGAAGUACUCAAAGGGCUAGCUCUGGACAUCACACGUAUGAGCUGCAUUCUAAAAGCUGUUCCCUGCGACUUUCUUUCGCAAGCAUAAAGGUCUCUCUGGCUACGAAUCUGACAACGUUCAGGCACAUUUGCAGAGAAGGAUCUGCAUGUUGGCAAGACGUCUCUGCGGCGGUGAGGCAGGUGUUAAUGUUUUCCAGCAGGAGCCAUCUACAACAGCUGCCUUUUUCUUGCUGCCCAUUAUACGGGGCUUCAAUUUUUCAUAUGUUUCAAGAAAAAAAAGUGUUGGUUUUUUUUUUCUUUUUUUGCCCACCAUGCUUAAAAAGUCUGAACUGUGAGGAACUGUGAACAGACCAGCACCCUUUGGCUGUGGGGUUGCUUAAAUCUCAGACCAGGAUGGCCAUUCUGUCAUUGGCUGUACCAGUGCUCUGUGGGCAUGAGUAAAUCUAUCGAUACAUCCUCCUCACAGUUUUAAGUACUGUAGUUCUCUCAUGUAGUGCAGAAUUAUUGAGGCAUGUGGCUUUCUUAAGGUACACUAUGUGUGCUUGCCUGGAUUACAAUACAAUACAAGACUUCUUUUCUAUUGCUUAUUACUAGCUUACCAAUAACCUGUAUAAGUAAUGUAUCUUGCAUCUUUGUCAUCUAAAUCUUUUCCCCUCCUCAUCCCUUUAUUUAUCAAGCAUACUACAUAUUAAGGGACAGAAAAUAAAACUUUGUAGAAUACAGCAGGACUUUGCUAACAAUAAUGUUUUAAAUGGGAAGUAAAAACUGCUCUGAAAAAUGUCAGCCAUAAGAAAUGAUUUUGUUGGCACAGUGUUCAUGCGCAUGUGUUUUUUUUUCUAUUUUUCCUUCAUUUUUUGGCUUUGUCAUGUUACAUCCAUAUCUGUAUUUAUAUCUUAUUUGUUUAACUUUUGAGUGUAUCAUGGCAAAUGUACAGAUGUUUUUGUUAACAUUUAUGUGAUAGAAUUUGCUAAAAAAAUUAAAAUAAAACCUUUUGAGUUUGCCCUAGAAUAAAUGAAACGUAAGUUUAAUU